CCUGUGGCCAUGCUUAGCAGACAAAGUGAAUUCCUUUUUGCAAUUGACCUUGCUUCCUCAUUCUCACCACCAUCCUCACCGACGACGAUUGCCUUUGUACGCUCGCUUCUCAGUCGUCCUCUUCGUCAGCAGCAUCCGACGGAGGAUACGAUUCUCCCCCAGCCACUUCCUACUCAGCAGCUCACGAAGCAUCCACUGCUAUGCCUCUCCAGCCACCCCAACCUGCAGCGGCCAAGCCCCCGCCACCAUCGUCGUCUCCACAUGACGACAGCAAGAGUCAAGGCGGUGAGAUUCCCACCUACGACCAAGCGGUUGCUGAGUCGAUUGCAGCACACAACCAAGCAUCCUCACAAAACCGCCACCUGCCACCGCCGCCCUUGCUAGCUGAAUCUUCGCAGCCUGCAGGGUCCUAUGGCGUGCAUGCCCCAGUGCCAGGAGCCCCACAUCGUAUCGUCUACAUCCAAGAUCCCCACUCUGCCCAUCCCAUGCGAGUGGCGCCCAUGCCACCUCCUUCCGCCAUGCCGCCUGUGCUCCUCUAUACCGCGGACCCAAGCAUCGCCAGAAGGCGCGCCCUGGCGAGAUUCGCCAAGGCGUUCAUGUGGGCUUGGCUCAUCUCGAUUCUCAUUGCAUUCAUGACGGGAGCGAUUCAAUUCGUCGACUAUGACGAGGAUGGAGAGGACUGGCAGGGCUUGAGGAGGAUAACAGGGAUUAGCGCCCUCAAGUGGGGCGGCCAAUGAGUGGACCGGAUCCGACUAGCAAAAGACAGUGGCAACCAACGCAACCCAUAGUGCAGUCAUUGCUGCAUAAAUAUACCAGGCGAGAGUGUGCAGCGGCAAAUGGAAUGCCUCUGAUCUCCGUUACUUCAUCGACCAUCGUCAAGUGCGCGCGUACAAAGCACUACCUUAGCUGAGGGGACGCUCUCUUCGUUUCUCGCUUCGCAAGACGGCUCCUCUGCACCGCCAGUCGGCGCGAUGCCGGCCACCAGGUGCCCUCUCUUUUUGUUUACCCGCUUUGACGUAUUGUAAUUGUACCAACAAUCACUCGGGGUGCCGCUUGCCGUUGCUGAAAGCAGUGGGCACCACCUUCUGUAUUCUGUUCUGUUCACAAAUGUAACCUUACUCUUUG